GUGAGUAUAGGACAUCGUGACUGUACUUACUAGGGAAUCCCCAAGGUGUGUCAACUCACUGAGAUCUUGCGGAGAUCUUUGCAGGAAGAAGUGAACCAGUACUAGGGGAGUCAUUUUUGACAGCGGCUUGCAUCAACCAGUGCUGCUUGCGAGAAACUGCAUCUCGUUCUCUGAUACCUGACCUACAAACAUUGGUACUACGGCAACUAUGCGCUUUACAGAGGCAGUUGUUGCUGUUGCGGCGUGUCUGGCUCAAGUCCAGAUUGCCCAGGCAGCCUUGGCUUUCACGCAUUGGCCGACUACUAUUGAUGCCGGCGCCCCUACAACCUUGAACUGGGACAGUGACUCUGAUGCUCCUGUUACGAUCACCCUGCGUAAAGGAGCAGCCGCAGACCUCGACACUGUCCAAGUCUUGACCAAAGAUGCAAAGGGAGGCUCUUACACUUGGACACCUGACAACUCUCUGGAACCAGGCUCAGAUUAUGCCUUUCAGAUCGACCAGGAUGGGCAGGUAAACUAUUCGGGGCUAGUGACGUUGAACAAUGACUCGGAAAGAACCGCUGCAACUUCAGCUGCAAGCUCAACUACCUCCACACAGGAGACGACAACAGCAUCCCAGACACAGACUACACCAACUCCUACACCCACCGACACUGCUCCCCGGGAUGAAGUGAACAGUGUUUUGCCUGGCAACAAUGCGACAACAAACUUCACAUUGGAUGCCAACCACGACAGUAACUCCAAUGUUUCCAGCAAGAGUGCCAUGGCGGCGGCAAUGCAGAAUGGUGGCGCACCUUUCCAGAUGGUCUCUCUUGAUCUGGUCCUUGGCAUCGUGGCUAUGGGUUUCUAUCUCGUCUGUUGAAUCUGACGUGGGAGGACCGAAGUCCUCAGUAGGUAGCAUGAGCAUUGGGAUUUAAUCGUCUAUUUCAGUUCUGAGGUUCGGGAACUGCCAGUUAUGUUGGCCUCAGUCAUCACGACAAAAUUUCUAUUCAUAUGGUUCUUUUCUUUUUCGAAACCGUCCCAUCCUUACCUUUACUU